AUGUACUCGCAGACACCCCAGCGAGGCUAUCCCCCUCGUUCAUAUUCUCGCAACACAGCUCACAGUAGCCAGUUUAAUGCUUCUGGACCCCCUUCCCUGGGGCACUUUGGUACACCGAGUUAUACCUUGAACAAUGCUCACACGACCUCGUACUCGGACUCGUUUUUUGAUUCUGCGGGUGGCGGUGGUGCAGAUAACAACGCGAUCAGCUCUCUGACUAUCGCGGAACUCGUUGAGGCCGAGAAUCCUGCCGUUCUCGCGCUCGUGGAGAGAUGUCAGAGACUCGAAGAGGAGAAGUUAGCUGCCGAGAGAGAAGUGAUCCGUGCCGAGGGCCGCAUCGAGGAACUACAUAGGUUACUUGAUCAGCCACAGCAUCAUCACAUCACCGCCAGCAGCUCAUCGAGGUUCACUGCGCCUCAGACUGACCCGCUUCCGGCUGUUCCCAAGCUCGAUGAGCUCAUCGAAACGGAUUAUCCUGCAGUUCUGAACUGGCACGGCAUCACGAAGGACGAGAAUGCCGCCGAACUCGCAGGUACUUCGACCGGGACCGAGAUGCCCGUUGUGUCCGAAGACGGGCCUGCAACUGCCAAGCUUCCGCGGGGUGUACACAAGUUCAAACGCACGGCCCCCGACGGUACGAAGAACAUCGGCAUGAAGUGGCUUGUCAAGGGCGAUGGGAACAACCAGCCGCAAAGGUCGACCCAUUUCAAACAGCUCAGCCUGAGUGCGUAUACGGUAUAA